AUGUCUGCCGAACUCGCUGUUGUUUACGCCGCUCUCAUCCUUGAGGAUGACAACAUUGAAAUUACCGCUGACAAGCUCCAAGCUCUUGUCUCUGCUGCUGGUGUUGAAGUUGAACCCAUCUGGUUCUCUCUUUACGCUAAGGCUCUCGCCGGUCAAGACCUCAAGGCCCUUCUCUUGAACGUUGGUGCUCCUGGUGCCGCUUCUGCUGGUGCUGCUGGUGCCGUUGCUGGUGCCGGUGCUGCUGCUGAUGCUCCUGUUGAGGAAGAAAAGGCUGAAGAGAAGGAAGAGUCCGACGAAGAUAUGGGUUUCGGUCUUUUUGAUUAA